GGGGGAGGGGAUGCUGUCCCGGAAGAAAACGCGCGCCGAGCUCUCCAAACCGGGCGAGGUGCAGGGCAAGUACGUGAUCAAGGAGACCAGCCCUUUGCUCCGCAGUGAGUCCGCAAGCCCUUCCUCCCCCCGAGGCGGGUGGUUUGGGGGUGGGGGGGUCAAAUUAACCGGGGGGGGCCGCAAUUCAGUACCGACAUCACCUGGUCUCCAGAGGGGAAGGAGCUGCCUGGUGGGGGGGGGGGGGGAGGCUGGGUGCUAACUUGAUUAAAAUACAGCGGUACCUCAGGUUACAGACUCCACUAACCCAGAAAUAGUACCUCGGGUUAAGAACUUGGCUUCAGGAUGAGAACAGAAAUCACGCACUGGUGGGGCAGCGGGAGGCCCCAUUAGCUAAAGUGGUGCUUCAGGUUAAGAACAGUUUCAGGUUAAGAACUUGGCUUCAGGAUGAGAACAGAAAUCGUGCUCCUGCGGUGCAGCGGCAGCAGGAGGCCCCGUUAGCUAAAGUGGUCUUCAGGUUAAGAACAGUUUCAGGUUAAGAACGGACCUCCAGAACGAAUUAAGUACUUAACCCGAGGUACCACUGUAUUGACAUCACCUGGCCCCACCUGGUCUCCAGAGGGGAAGGAGCUACCUGGGGGGGGGGGGAGGCUGGGUGCUAACUUGAUUAAAAUACAGCGGUACCUCAGGUUACAGACUCCACUAACCCAGAAAUAGUACCUCGGGUUAAGAACUUGGCUUCAGGAUGAGAACAGAAAUCACGCACUGGUGGGGCAGCGGGAGGCCCCAUUAGCUAAAGUGGUGCUUCAGGUUAAGAACAGUUUCAGGUUAAGAACGGACCUCCAGAACGAAUUAAGUACUUAACCCGAGGUACCACUGUAUCGACAUCACCUGGCCCCACCUGGUCUCCAGAGGGGAAGGAGCUGCCUGGUGGGGGGGGGGGGAGAGGCUGGGUGCUAACUUGAUUAAAAUAAUAAUAAUGAUAAUAAUAAUAAUAAUAAUAUCUUUAUUGUCAUUGCCCCCUUCGGGGACAACGAAAUUACUUGACUGCUCCAUAAAAACACUAAUUAAUCAAUACAGUAUAAUACAGCAAGGGAGAUUAGAUGACUUUCAAAGUCCGGGCUUCCCAUUCAGGGCCAAGAUCGCUCUGGAGAAGAAGCUGUUCUUAAGACAGCUCGUUCUUGUCUUCAUCGUCCUGUAUCUCCGUCCCGACGGCGGUACCUCAGGUUACAGACUCCACUAACCCAGAAAUAUUACCUCGGGUUAAGAACUUGGCUUCAGGAUGAGAACAGAAAUCGUGCUCCGGCGGCGCGGCAGCAGCAGGAGGCCCCAUUAGCUAAAGUGGUGCUUCAGGUUAAGAACAGUUUCAGGUUAAGAGCGGACCUCCAGAACGAAUUAAGUACUUAACCCGAGGUACCACUGUAUCGACAUCACCUGGCCCCACCUGGUCUCCAGAGGGGAAGGAGCUGCCUGGUGGGGGGGGGGGAGAGGCUGGGUGCUAACUUGAUUAAAAUAAUAAUAAUGAUAAUAAUAAUACAUAUCUUUAUUGUCAUUGCUCCUUCGGGGACAACGAAAUUACUUGACUGCUCCAUAAAAACACUAAUUAAUCAAUACAGUAUAAUACAGCAAGGAGAUUAGAUGACUUUCAAAGUCCGGGCUUCCCAUUCAGGGCCAAGAUCGCUCUGGAGAAGAAGCUGUUCUUAAGACAGCUCGUUCUUGUCUUCAUCAGUCCUGUAUCUCCGUCCCGACGGCGGUACCUCAGGUUACAGACUCCACUAACCCAGAAAUAUUACCUCGGGUUAAGAACUUGGCUUCAGGAUGAGAACAGAAAUCGUGCUCCGGCGGCGCGGCAGCAGCAGGAGGCCCCAUUAGCUAAAGUGGUGCUUCAGUUUAAGAACAGUUUCAGGUUAAGAGCGGACCUCCAGAACGAAUUAAGUACUUAACCCGAGGUACCACUGUAUCGACAUCACCUGGCCCCACCUGGUCUCCAGAGGGGAAGGAGCUGCCUGGUGGGGGGGGAGGCUGGGUGCUAACCUGAUUAAAAUAUUGAGGGGGGGGGACAGGUAAGCCCCACCUACCCAGGGGCAGAUUUAGGUGUGAUGAGGCCGUGGCUGGACCUAACAGUCAAGGGUCCCUUUAAGCUACUGGAGGUAAUGGGGCCCUUUCUAUGCCCAGCUGUCCUUUGCCAAUAACAAAUGGUCGCUGUUUUUUGUGUUGAAUAUAUUAUGCCAUAUGUCUAGUUACAGGUAGGUAGCCGUGUUGGUCUGCCAUAGUCAAAACAAAAUAACAAUAAUAAAAAAAAUCCCUUCCAUUAGCACCUUGGCUUGACAACCAUAUGUCAGGAGUGCUCUGAUGGUGUUUCCUGCUCGGCAGGGGGUUGGACUCGAUGGCCCUUGUGGUCUCUUCCAACUCUAGGAUUCUAUGAUUCUAUGAUUCUUAGAGACCAACUAAGUGUGUUAUUGGUAUGAGUUUUCGUGUGCAUGCACACGAAAGCUCAUACCAAUAACAAACUUAGUUGGUUUCUAAGGUGCUACUGGAAGGAAUUUUUUUUAUUUUUUUAUUUUGUAUAUGCUAUAGGGUAAUUUAUGGACCUAAUAGGUAUCUAAAGCCAUCUGCACAUAACAAGUAGGAGCCUGAACAACACAAAACACUGUUGCUGUAUGUAGGCUUUAUUUUUAUUUUUUUUAACUUUAUAUUUUGGAAAUGUACAUCCAGUUUUUUCCCCUUUAAAUUUUUUUGGGGCCCCCAAGAGAGUGGGGCCCUAAGCUAGAGCUUGUUUAGCUUAUACGUAAAUCCAGCACUGACCCCACUCCCACAUAAUCGAUCUCAAAGACGCACCCCAUUUAAAUGGUCAUGUGCUUUGGGGAGGGCUGGCCCCCCUCACAUAUUUUAUUUGGGGGUGAAGGGGCCUUGGCCUCUAGGAGCUGGCUGCUAUAGCUUGGGAGUGUUCUCCCCUCUUCCCCAUGAAUCAUUUUUAUUACUGCAUUUACAUCCCACUUUUUCCUCGAAGGAGCUCAAGGCGGCAUAUACGUGGUUCUCUUCCCCCCACCCCAUUUAAUCCCCACAACAAACCUGCGAGGUAAUUGAGGCUGCAUCCCCAGCUGCGGCGGCACCAAGGGGUCAUCUGGCCCAAACAGCCACCGUCGCAGUGCAGGGCUGGCUGCAGCUGGAGCAGCCAUGGCAAGUGGCCACCCAACGCCUGUGGAUCAUAAACCUCCAACAGAGGAGAGCCCAUCCCCUUCCCAUCCUAGGAAACUGUGGACACCCAAGGGCUCAUUAGCCCCCUCCCCCAGCCCAAAGAAAGCAUCCAUGGCAGGUGACCGUCCAGCCCCUUAGCACAAAAAAAACUCCCAUGAAGGGGUGUGUGCAUGAAUGACUUCAAUCUGUGGUGGUGGGUGGGUUUAUUGUUGGUGGCAGUAUGGAGACCAGAGUUUGCACCGGCACUCGGAAGAUUCAGGUUGCAACCAUAGCCCUGCUAAAUUCAGUGGGGUUUGUUCCCAGGUUAAAGGAGGGUUCUGGUUAUCUGCAGUGUUCAGAACCUGUUUUGAAUGUGUUGCAAUGGUUAAAAGGAGUUAGGAAUUCUGAACGACGAAGGGAGCUGAAGGUGAACACAUGUAUGUGCACACACACUCAUAGACUCAUAGAGUUGGAAGAGACCACAAGGGCCAUUGAGUCCAACCCCCUGCCAAGCAGGAAACACCAUCAGAGCACUCCUGACAUAUGGCUGUCAAGCCUCUGCUUAAAGACCUCCAAAGAAGGAGACUCCACCACACUCCUUGGCAGCAAAUUCCACUGUCAAACAGCUCUUACUGUCAGGAAGUUCUUCCUAAUGUUUAGGUGGAAUCUUCUUUCUUGUAGUUUGGAUCCAUUGCUCCGUGUCCGCUUCUCUGGAGCAGCAGAAAACAACCUUUCUCCCACAUGGCUGCAAGGCAGGCAGUGGGGGACAGAGAGGGAAACCAGAGGGGAGCAAGAUGCAGAAGGGCAGUUUUCCUUCCCUAAAAGCCGGAUAGUGAGCAUGGUAACACAUACACCUCACCUUUCACUAUUUUGCUUUUUUGUACUUUUCACCGUAGGUUUAUUUUGCAUUUGAUUUCCCUUUGUAUUUUUUCCAUUAUUCAUUUACAUACAUACAUACAACCCCAGUGUAAUUUACACCAUAGGGCAGGGUUAGCCACAUAAUGUGGUGUCCUCCAGAUGUUUCAGACAACAGUGACCAUCAUUCCUGGCUAUUGGCCUUGCUGCCUUAGGCUGAUGGGAGUUAUAGUUUCCAGCAUCUGGAGAUCACCACAUUGGAAGCUAAUGGAAUGGGGUGAAGGAGGUUCCAGGGAGUGGGGAUUUUGACAGGGCUGGGAGAUCUUUUUUGGGCCAAGGACUUACCUUACCCUAGUGGAAAGCUAUUGGGGACCACAUUCUGGUUGUAUCCUGAAAAUUGCUUGACUACUUUUUGGAUAUUUGCAAGAAGAGAUUUCUGCCGAGAUAUUUCCCCUCUGCUUUGAACCUGUUUAUAGAACUUACUAACCAAUUCCUAGAUGAAAUGCCUCCCAAAGUCAGUGUACAAUAAAAUCCUGUGAAGAGAAUUGUUACUGCCUCACCCAGUUUCAAUUCUUCCUCACCCAGACACGGAGUAAUUUUAAAAAUUCAAUGAAAUAAUGUGCCUACUUUGACCUACUUUCAAUUUUUACUGCAAUGCUCUGUUGCAGAUCUGAUGCCUUCAUUCAUCCGUCAUGGUCCAACCAUUCCAAGACGAACAGAUCUCUGCCUUCUGGACCCGGGUUCUUCUGCCUACGCUGCGGGUGGGGAUGGAGCAGUUUCCAGAAACCAGAGCUUCCUUCGGACUCCAGUGCAGAGGCCCCCUCAUGAGAUAGUGAGGCGGGAAAGCAACAGACUCUCUGCCCCUUCCUACCUUGCCAGGAGCCUGGCCGACGUCCCGCGGGAAUAUGGCGUAUCUUCCCAGUCCUUUUUAACAGAGGCAAACUCUGUAACUGAAAACGGCGAUGCCGGAUCCCGUCACUAUUAUGACCACCACUUUUACAAUGGUCAGAGGCGGCACCAGCUGGGGGAUCAUGGGCAGGAGGAAUACAGAUACUAUGAACAUAACACAGACCUUGCCCAAAGGAUGUCACAGAAUCAGGGAAGGCAUAGUUCAGGCAAGUAUCUGAGCUUAUUUUCCAGAAUUGGCCAUUCCGAAGUACAGCUUAUGUGUGUACAUGUGUCAUACUGGUGGCAGUAAACAAGGAUCUAUGUGUGCAUAAAUACCUUUCAGCAUCUCAAGCUGCCUUGAAGAGAGUGGAACUAUUGGUCCAUAUAGGUCAUUAUUGUAAGGUGUGGGGGAUUUUUCCUCCAAUCAUGUUCCAGAAGCUCCUCCUCAGAGAGAAACCAAGCUGUCUGCUGACUUCUGAGGCAAGGCCAUGGGAGCAUUCACAAAUGCCUGGUGACCUGUGUGUGUUUCUGUGUUGUCUUCUCGAAGGGUAAUUCUGUGAAUGGUUUUUAAAUACAGCCAGGGCAAUGUUUGAAAACUUGCAAUUUGCAGGAAAAGGAACGUGGGCGAGAGAGAUGGAAAAACACAGGCCUUUUUUAUAUGCAGUUGAAAUGUUGAGCGUUAUCUUAGUUUCCUCAGAAAACUGGUGAUUUUGUUCUUGAAUUGAAGAGUGAGGGGGCAUUUGGCCUUUGAAGUCGAGUGAGAAGACAUCAGAUGUUUGCCUUGGAAUGUGACUCUUCCUGGGCGUGACAGCAUUCCGGAUCACAUUUUUCAUGUGGUUUACUUGUGUUUACUGAAGGAAGCUCAUCAGACAAAGUGAAAUUCUUGAGUAGCGCUUGUGGAAUCGCAGUACUGGGCACAGCAUAAAGACUCUCAAGCUCUAAAAUGUGGUAUUUAUGUUGUAAACAUAAACAGAUCAAUAUGUAAGCAUGUCAUACUUUCCCCCAGUUUCCUUGGUUAAGAAACGCAUUGCAGUCAAGUUGACCAUCUUGCGCAGAUUGCAGAGCGGGAAAAUAAAUCUGCAGGCAGGAAUGUCAAAACUUUAGGGUUACUGACCUCAAAUAUGAAACUCUGCUUUUGAGAAGGAGAUGCUUUUCUCUCAGAAGGCUUUUUAUUAUUAGAAGAAGAAGAGGAGAGGCUGAGCUCCAAAGAGUUAGAGACUGGUUCUGUGCUGUGGAAAAUUAAAUGCCUGUGCAUUUGACUGUUCUAUAAUGUUUAAUUUUGGUUUGUUUUAGGAAUGAUACUUGGUGUAUAUAGCUUAUUCAGAUUAGCAGGGGGGAAUGUCGAGUCUGCAAACCAAAUAACCCCUAUCUGUUUCCUGUGGCCUCCAUUAAUCUGCCACCCCACCAAACUCCUGCUGUUUGGCAGGAGAGAAGUUUUUGAAGAACAUGAGCUCAUAGGCCUCUGCUGGUGGGAGUGGCUUGGUUGUGGAAAUGGAGUUGGAAGCUGCUAGGCUGCCUGGCUGCCAGCCACCAUGGAGUGUACAUGAUGGCAGAGAGGGGGAAAGCCAAGCCACAGAUGACGCAGCUUCUUGAAGGCCUUCACCUAAAGCAGUUUGUUGGCAUGAGAGACAGUAAUAUCCUCUAGUGAGGUAGCAGGAGGCUGUGCUGGAUGGGAGAUUUGGGAUGCAAGCCCCACAUUUAAGGAAAGGAAAUUUGCGUCCUUUAGAGGAAGGAGUAGGUUGUUGUGUUUUAGCGUUGGCUGAAGCAAUUGUGUAUGAGCGGGCAACAAUUUGGCUUUGACGGCAGCUGAAAAAUUAUAGGUCUACUCCAAAGAAACACAGAACAGGUUAGAAGUCAAUGAGGAAGCAAAGGGAAAGGGCUGCAGCUGGAGCUUGCUGGAGACAGACGGGGGUGUGUGGUGAUCCCAUUAAAGACAUUCUUGGAAAAGUGUCUUAUCCGGAUCCAUUGCAUUCGGAUGCAGCACCAAAACUGACUUCUUCACGUGGUUGGUGACCUUUGUUCAGAGGGGGCAGGGAGAGUGCAGCCCUUUUGGUUCUUCUUGACCGCAAGUUUCAAUACUGUUGACCAAGUCAUGCUCCUGGAGCAGCUCCCGAGUCUGAGAACUUGUGGGCACUUGGUUAAAAUGGUUCCAUUCCGGCCUUUAUAUCUGAUUUCAGAGUGUAACAGUUGGGGGUCUACCCCUUGGGAGCUUGUUUUUACAGUUCCCCCAAGAUUUAUCUUGCCCCUCUGCAUGGAGCCACUGGGAGGUGUCAUCAGGGUAUUUGGAGUGACAUGUCAGCUACUAUACUGAUGAUACCCAUUGCUAUCUCUUGGUGCAUCUGAAUCAGGAGAGGCAGUGGUAGUGGAGGUGGUAAUGGGCUGGUUGUGGACCAAUAAAUUGAAGCUGAAUCCAGCCAAGAUGGAAGCACAGCCUCUUGCAGGUUCUUGAGCCUAGGAAUUUGGGAGAUGGCUAGUUCCCUUCAGGGUUGCCGUGCUCUCGGUGGAAAAGGCUAUUUCAAGCUACAGUUGGUUCACCAUCUCAGAAGCUGCAACUCGUGCAAGAUGCAGCAACAAGGCUGCUGGCAAAUGUUUCUAGCUGGGUACGUACCACACCGGUUUUGGAAGAGAAACCUUAGGAAGAACUUUCUGACAGUAAGAGCUGUUCGAUAGUGGACUACCUGGGAAGGUGGUGGACUCUCCUUCCUUGGAGGUUUUUAAGCUAGAGGUCCAGGAUGCUUGAGCUGUGAUUCCUGCAUUGCAGGGGGUUGGGCUAGAUGACUCUUACGGUCCCUUCCAACUCUACCGUUCUACGAAUCUGUGAUCUGCAUUGGCUGCCAAUUCACUACUGAGCCCGGUUUAAAGAUGCUAACAUUGAAAUAUGAAGCCCCAAAUACAGUGGACCUUCUGGAUACAAAAUUAAUUCGUUCCGGGGGGUCCAUGCACACCCCGAAAAACCCGUAUCCAGAGGCGCCACUUUUGCGCACACGCGCAGUGCGAUAGAGCGCUUCUGCGCAUGCGCGAGUGGCAAAACCUGGAAAAAUACUUCCCGGUUUACCGCUUUCGCAACCCGAAGUUUACGUUACUUGAGAAUAAUGUAAUCCGAGGGUCUGCUGUAUCUGAAAAUAUGAACAUGUAUCUGAAAAUAUGAACCUCCCAAAUGAACCUGCUUGCCUGUUAAGGUCAGCAGGGGAAGCUCUGUUGGUAGCACUGCUACCCUCUGUCGUUUGAGGGGCACUUGAGAGGGAAUGACCUCCCCUCUUAUGCCCAUCACUCUAUGCUUUCCAACAGUUGGUCAAGAUGCAUCUCUUUACCCAGGCCUCUCCCCCACCCCCCAUUGCUGUGCACUGUAUUCACACGAACCAUUCAGGCCUCCUGCUUGUUCACAUCAGGGCUGUGGAAUGCCAGCUCUGCAAGCCAAAUAGUUUUCAUCUGCUUCCCCUGGGCCCCUUUAUCUUUCUCUCCUCCCCACCAUUGAGGGAUCAUAGCUGAAAAGCAGAGCACAUGCUUUGCAUGCCGAAAGUCACAGGUUCAGUCCCUGGCAUCUCCAGCUGGAAAGACCUGGUAGGAAGUGAUGUGCAAUGCAUCUGCCUGCAUUGAGAGCUGGAAGGUUGCUGCCUGCCAGAGUAGGUGAACCCAGUGGUCUUGAGUCAGGGUAAGACAGCUUGCCAUGUUCCCUGGCAGCCUUGCCUCUUAAGCAGGGCUUAAUUCAUACCUAGAGAACGCCCUCCCACUUCCAUAAUCUGUCUCUUGAUUUAUUGGGAGGCUGGGGCUGAAAACUUGAGGCUUUCAUUCCAACAUUUGCUCUUGGAUGUCCUGGGAAACAGAUUACACAAUCAAGAACCAUCUUUUUUUCUGAUAAGCAGCCGUGUUAUGCAAUAGCUAUGGGUCAAGUGUCUGUGUUUUGUCAGUCUUGAAAACAUGGAAUACUUCCCAAUUUGAACUUCUUUGAAUACUGCUCUUUCAAUUGCUUAUCCCCUUAUCUGGCUUGGCAUGUCUGUUAUGUUUUGGGGUAUGUUUUGAUAGUUGCUAUCUUCACUCUGCCUUCCAUGAUACCGAGUCUUCCCAUUUUAAAAAGUUCUCUUUGGAGAAUAGCCUUCUGUUCUGGGAGGCUGGUUCUUAUGUGUACAAACCUGUGCUGAAGUGAGCUGGGAUUUAGUAGCCAUGUGGCACGGAGGCAGCUCCCCAACUACUUCUGACUUUACUAGCUAAUGAACUUCUGCAAGCAAAAGGAGCAUAUUGCAUAGAAAGCAUCAGUGUUCUCUCAAGGCAGGAAUGUUUGUGAGAGGAAACGAUAAAUCUAGUCACUGAGAAGGGGGUGUAUUGUGGAAUUGAUGACAAUCUUUUGCUGCUUUUCUGAGGAAAAGAAGUUGUGUAACUUUGUAAGAAACCUGUUAAAUGAGUGUCUGCUUUACUGAUGCUGUUGUGGGUUGUUUUUUCCCCCCUCCAGGCAUCGGGCGGGUGGCUGCUACAUCGUUAGGAAACUUAACAAACCACAGUUCGGAAGAUUUACCUCUCCCUCCUGGCUGGUCUGUGGACUGGACUCUUAGAGGAAGGAAAUACUACAUAGACCAUAACACCAACACAACACACUGGAGUCACCCACUUGAGCGAGAGGGGCUGCCUCCAGGGUGGGAGCGUGUGGAAUCAGCUGAGUUUGGUGUGUACUACGUCGACCACAUCAAUAAAAGAGCACAGUACAAACACCCCUGUGCCCCCAGGUAAGUUGUCUGUGGGCUUCCCUUGGGAGUUUCAACCAAUGCCUUAGGCUGCAAUUCUGUGACCUGGGACUUAUCCCCAUUGAACUCUGUCAGGCCUCUGAAUAACCCUGUAAGAGAAUGAACCUCAAAUGCCUUACUGCUAGCACGCAUGAAGGACUUUCACUGGUUUCCAGCUCCUAAGGAAGAGUGGAAAAGAACCCAACAUCAGCUCACCAAUCGCAGAACUUUGAGCCUCCAUUAGCAAAGUCUGCCAAGGGUAGAUGACAGAGCACACAACACAUAGGUAGUACUCAGCACUUGCUCUCUACUUCCAUGACAGGCAGCGCAGAGCCAUUGUCUGCUUAAAUCCUUAGUUUUUCUGGCUCCUCACCUGUUGAGACACACCCCAGAGACAUGGCUAAUCCCAGACUGGCAGAUACAAGAAUUUAUACUACAAAUGCAUUGGUGUUCGUCUAAGUGGUGGAAUUCGCAAGAUUUAACACACCCACCUUUUAAACAGAGAUAAGCUUUGUGGCACAGAUCUCUCCAUCCAAAUCUGAUAGACUAAACUCCCAAGUAUGGGUAUGUGUGCUUUGAAGUUGGCUUUCAGAGUGUCGUCAAGCUGUAUUCAGUCAAAUCGUUGCACCAGCACUAGCCAGCACAGGGAUUCCUUUUAACGCAGUGGGACUUCCCUCCUCUCUUCCCCCCUGCACCCUUCCCAGAUUAGCCCUGGAGAGUUGGGGGAACUCCAAUACAACCUUUUGUAUCAAAGUAUGGGUUGAUCCCUGGGCUGGCACUGUUGUGCCUUGCUCCCCAUUUCCUAAAUCAGGAACACCAAAAAAAAAAAAACCAAAAAAAAAACCUGCAAUGGGAAUUUGCUCACUCCAAGUUUCUGCACCCCAGCCUAAGAGAGCUGCUGUUACCAUUUUUGGUGUUGAAGUGACUCAUUUGAUCUUUGCUGUAUCUCUGUGCAGCGUUCCCCGUUACGAUCAACCACCUCCGAUGACGUAUCAGCCACAGCCAGCCGAGAGGAGCCAGCCUAUCCUUGUGCCUGCGAAUCCAUACCACACUGCGGAGAUCCCAGAUUGGCUGCAGGUCUAUGCCAGGGCUCCUGUAAAGUGAGCAUUAAGCACUUGUCUUAUGAACUUCGAAUUUUUAUUUCUGCCCAGUGGUGGGCAAUUCAUUGACUAUAAGCAUGUAUUUUUUAAAAAAUGGAGGCAUAUUGUUUGGGACAUCUUGAAUGUAUCCAGAACGUUAAGCUUAAGUUUGUGUAGCAUCUUAAAAAUAAAUGAUAUGCUCUUAAUAUAAUCGGUAUUGGCUGGUUAUCCAAAGUAGCAUAAGAACAUAAGACCUCUGGAUUAGACCAGAGGUUCAUCUUGUCCAGAAUCCUGUUCUCACAGUGGCCUGUUUUAAGGUAAUGUCCAGAAAAUUCCUUGUUAUUGUUGUCUACUGGCCAGGAGGGCUCUGUUGUGCCUCCACCGUCAGAGACAGCAAUGCUUCUUAAUACCAGUUGCUGGAAUCCACAGGAAGGGAGGGAGAAUGUCCUUGUGCUCAAUAAUAAUAAUAAUUUAUUAUUUGUACCCCGCCCAUGUGCCUGGGUUUCCCCAGCCACUCUGGGCGGCUUCCACAAAGACCAAAAAUACACUAAGAUGUCACACAUUAAAAACUUCCCUGAACAGGGCUGCCUUAAGAUGUCUUCUGAAUGUCAGGUGGUUGUUUAUCUCUUUGACAUCUGAUGGGAGGGCGUUCCACAGGGAGGGUGCCACCACCAAAAAGGCCCUCUGCCUGGUUCCCUGUAACUUUGCUUCUCGCAGAGAGGGAACCGCCAGAAGGCCCUCAAAGCUGGACCUCAGCGUCUGGUCAGAAUGAUGGGGGUGGAGACGCUCCUUCAGGUAUACUGGGCCGAGGCCGUUUAGGGCUUUAAAGGUCAGCACCAAUACUUUGAAUUGUGCUCGGAAACAUACUGGGAGCCAAUGUAGGUCUUUCAAGACCGGUGUUAUGUGGUCUCGGCGACUGCCCCCAGUCACCAGUCUAGCUGCUGCAUUCUGGAUUAGUUGUAGUUUCUGGGUCACCUUCAAAGGGAGCCCCACAUAGAGCGCAUUGCAGUGGUCCAAGCGGGAGAUAACUAGAGCAUGCACCAUUCUGGCGAGACAGUCCGCGGGCAGUCCGUCUCCCAAAAACAGUACUUCUGUCUUGUCAGGAUUCAACCUGCUUCCAAGUUUUUCUCAUGACAGGAGGCUGGGUUAGAUGGGCCAGGCUCUGAUCCAACAGGCUCUUAUUUAUUUAUUAAAUUUGUGCACUGCCCUUCACCCAAAGAUCUCAGGGCGGUUUGCAGCAUAAAGCUCUCCUUAUUUUUAUCCAGUGCUCGCUCAGUCGGUUACGUUGUUCUCUUGUCUCUUGCAACAGAUACGACCACAUCUUGAAGUGGGAGCUCUUCCAGUUGGCUGACCUGGAUACAUACCAGGGGAUGCUGAAGCUGCUUUUCAUGAAGGAACUGGAGCGGAUAGUGAAGCUGUACGAAGCCUACCGCCAGGCUCUGCUCACUGAGCUGGAGAACCGCAAGCAGAGGCAGCAGUGGUAUGCCCAGCAGCAGCACGGCAAGAACUUCUGAGCUCCUUCCCUUUCGCAGCAGACUCUGAGGGCUCUUGGAAUCUGAGGGGACUCUUUAAAAAAAAAAGGAAAAAUCGUGAACAAGUGCUUUGGUUAAAAAGGCAGCUUCUCUCUUGUUGAUCUUGCACCUUUUGUAAUUACCUUCUUGUGUAUCAUGUUUAUUGAGUACAAAAGAUGUUUGUUAUAUUGUAUAAAGAAAGUUAGUUUCUUAUUCUGAGAGCCAGUGUGGUGGGAAAAUUCAAGAAAAGCCACGUUUUAUAUUAUUAUUAUUUUGUCUGAUAACCUUUUUUUCUAGCAACGGUUGUACCUUGGAGAAGAAAUUUUAUUUUCGAAGGAUGUCAGUGCGAGAAGCGCCCUGAAAGUUAGAUGAAGCCUGUUUGCUGCCUUCCGGCUGCUGAUCUUGCGGGCUGCCUUGCCUCCAGGGGAAAAGGAGGUUCUGCUUUUCUGCGGCAGCUCUGUGGCCGUGGACACAGCUUUAAUAUGCAAAAGGUCCACAUGAUCUUCCAUUAUAAAAACAUUGCAAAAAUACGGUUCUGUUGGACCCAAGCAAUGAAUAAACAACUGCCUUAUUUUGACUGUUGAGCUCAUCCUUCUAGUUUGCUGCAGAUCCUCUCAGGAGCGUUUUGCCAUAUGCAGGCUGGCGCAAGUGGGCUGCCUUGAAAAGCAACUGGAGAACUGAGCCGCCUGCCUUAGCCAUUUGGAGAAAGUUUCACCCUAAUCAAACCAGCAAGGAACGAUUUUGUGAAAACUUCCAUCCAGUGGUAAAGUUGCCUUUGUAUCUCAUUUCACAUUUUGAUCUGUCAUCUUGCAAUGUGUAUGAAAGUUCUGUAACAUCUGUGUCCUGUAAAUCUCAGCAAUCAAAUAAACUUGUUUUUGUGUAAGUGGCUGGAACAAA